UGAGAGCCUUUUGUUCAUGUGCUCUGCAAAAUUUGGACAAAACCAAAAAUGGCAAAACAUCUUCUAAAAAGCCUCUAAAUCCGAAGGUUGUUUCAGCGACUGGCAUCAGGAACAAGCGACCCAUCAAGCAAACAUUCUCUCCAAGAGACAGCAGAUCGACACAGUUCAUAAGACCAGCCGUCCAGACUGCUGCGCUGCAAUCUCACUUGGCAAUAAAUUAUUUUUCUUUCUACAAACCCUGGAAAACCUCAUCAUCCGCCCAGGCAUGUUCCUUGUGCAAACAUUCAAAGGUUAUCAGAUGGCUAUGGAUGAUGACUGAGCUUUGCACAAAGCACAACACCUUGCAGCUGAAAAUACAUCGUGCAGUAGAUGAAAAGGACGUUUUGCGUCAUUUUCGCCCUUUUCUGUAAUCCCACUAUACCAGCUGACACCACCACGACUAUUUUAGGUCCCUAGUCACAUGACCACUGCAGAUCAGAGGGAAGAAUGAAAGAUUGAGGUACUUUGAUAGCCUUCUCUAGUUUAACCGUGACCCUAUCCAACACUGAAGAUAAUACUGAACAUCCAAUGUCAACAUUUGUUCACAAACAGCUCGCCAAAUCCUAAGAAAGAAACACUAACGUCUGUGUGUAGGUAGCUGUAGUUUCCAUGUUGAUCCCCUUCUAAAUCUAUUAAGAACUAUGAACACGACCGUGGGAAAUCAAUCUGACUGUCCCGAGGUGAAGGUCCCUGUCCCGCUCUUCUUCACCAUCGGUGUGGUGAGCCUGGCCGAGAACCUGCUGGUGGUGGUGGCUGUCAUACGGAACAGGAACCUCCACUCGCCCAUGUACUGCUUCAUCUGCAGCCUGGCGGCCUUCAACACCAUCGCCAGCCUCACCAAGAGCUGGGAGAACCUGAUGAUCGUGUUUGCCAACAUGGGGCUCCUGGAGAAGAAAGGUUCAUCUGAGACGAACCUGGACGACGUGUUGGACUCCCUGCUCUGCAUGUCCUUUGUGGGCUCCAUUGUCAGUUUCAUGGCUAUUGCUGCGGACCGUUACAUCAGCAUCUUCCACGCACUUCGCUACCACAACAUCAUGACGAUGCGGCGCACAAAGGGCAUCUUGGGAGUCAUCUGGACAAUAUGCGGUGUGUCCGCCGUGCUUAUGGUGAGGUUCUUCGAAUCCACCUUCAUCAUGAUCUGCUUUGUUGUCUUCUUCGUCGUCUCCCUGGCGAUUAUCUGCUUCCUCUACGUAUACAUGUUCAUGCUGGCCCGCAUCCACGCGAGGAAGAUUGCCGCUCUGCCCGCCAGCCCCUCUGGGGGGAAGGGCCGGCGGCGGAGGUGGGGCAGCGGCAUGAGAGGGGCCUUGACACUUACUAUUCUAUUUGGGGCGUUCGUAGUGUGCUGGGCGCCAUUUUUUCUCCAUCUCAUCAUCAUCAUGUUGUGCCCAGCAAACCCGUAUUGUGAGUGUUAUCGCUCGCUGUUCCAGCUGCACGUGGUGCUGCUGAUGAGCCACGCCUUCAUCGACCCGGCCAUCUACGCCUUCCGCGGCGUCGAGCUCAGACACACCUUCAGGAAGAUGCUGCUAUGUUCGAACUGGAAGAGAUGCUCAUAGAGAAGAUAUGAUUUAAAGGUCUGCCCUUUACCUGGAUACUGCUUCACAUUGCAUAUAUUAACACCUGGGGACAAACAAAUACGCACAUCUGCACAUCCAAUGUACAGCUGUGGUUGGUUAAGGACUUCCUACAGCAGAACCACUUGGUAUUUGAAGGUAAAUCCAGCUUACUGACACCAGAGGAUUUUGUUUCCCUGGAGCUGGAAUAUUUUUUUUUUCUUUCCAUGUACCUGGGUUAUGGAUAGAACAGAUUCCUCUUCAAGAAAUAUACAGUAUAACCAUCCAUCCCUCACUCCAUCAUCCAUCUGUCUCAGGACCUGGAUGCAAUCUUAUUUACUUCCCAAGUACCAUCUCUUCAAAAAUGAUCCAUCUGCACCAAUCUCACAAGGCAACAUUUCCCAGAGCCCCUGGUAAUCAAAAUACAUAAUUUAGUAACACGGGUCAUUUGAAACCUAUUGACUUCUAUCAUUCAGAGGAUAUUUGACCUCAUCUCCUGGUGCAAACAUAAAUAGUAAAACAGUUCAACGCUUUAUCUCUCUUCUUUUAUUGCAGGCUCACAAUAAAUCCUUUGAAACAAUGUGACCGACGAUGGCAUUUCUGUUUCAAGUAAAGUUCACAUUUAUAUUUGUGCAUGCAAAGACUUUAGCAAUAAGCUGAAAUAUGUUAACACAACUAUUAAUAUGGUCCACUGUGCAUUCACCCGUCCCGUGUCAGAUCACGUUCAAUGUUUUUGCUGCUUUUUCUGCUGAAAGGAGAACUGUUGAUAUGUCAUGUUGGCGGUGGAUGAACAGUGAGUAAAAUUAUUUUUUUCUCAAAUAAAAACAUUUAUGGGGAAAAUAAUAUCAUUGCGUUUUAAUAAAA